AUGCCUUCCCGACGGGUAACAACAGCUGGUCAUAGCACGAGAGGAAGUAAAGAAUGCGGGAUUUGUGGAAAGAUGAAUGAGCGCAUCAUGGACGGGGUUGUAUUGGCUUUCAUGCGAAUUGAUGAGGAAGCAAAGAUAAAGAAAGAGAUCAGGUCCAAGGAGGAGAAGCAGUUGAAAUUGGCUGAAGAAAUACUGCAAACAAUUGAAUCAGAAGAUCGUUUGAGAGACUCAACAAUCGUAAAGGAUUGGAUCAGGCUCGCACAGGAAUGA